AUGAACAAUCCCAUAGCCUCAUCUAUGUUCACGCCUGGAAUGGCGGACGUGAUGACGGAACUCGGGUCUGCCAAUUCGAUGCUGGCAUCGUGGGUGGUCUCCGUCUACGUGCUGGACUAUAUGGUUGUCCCGUUUUUGAUUCCGCCCUUGAUGGAGCUGUACGGCCGCGACACACUAUACCACGCCUGCAAUAUCCUAUCCCUGAUCUUCACCAUUGCCUGUGCCGUCGCCCAAUCCCUCCCACAGCUCGUCGUGUUUCGGCUGCUGCCUGGCAUUGCGGGUGUCUGCCCGCUUAUAAUUGAAUCCGGGACGGCGGCGGAUCUGACGGGCGUCAUGAUCAUGGGAACGAUGCUCAGCUAUCGAGAAUCAUAUGCGCCGUUACUACUCCGAAGAAAAGCAGCGCACCUUUGCAAGGAGACAGGUAACGCCGACUUGCGUUCCCCUUACGAUUGGGGCCGCCUUCCUCGAGAACUGUUCAUGUCGGCCCCGGCACGGCCCAUGAAGCUCCUCUUUGGCUUAACCAUCGUCUUCCUGCUGGCUCUCUUCGCGGCCGUUUCAUACGGUUAUCUCUACCUCAUGUUCACGACCAUCACGUCCAUAUUUAAAAGCAACUAUGGCUUCUCAGCAGGCUUGAGCGGCUUGUCAUAUCUGGGCUUUGGCGUUGGUUCCCUGUUGAGUCUAGCUGUGGUCGGAAAAGUCACCAAUCAGAUGCAGUCACCCAUUCGGCUCGAGGCUGUUGCACGCUCGACUCUCGUCUGCCGCCCAUGGUCUACGGCUGUUGGGGCAUCCCGAUCGGCCUGUUCUGGUGUGUUCGGUAUGGGCCUGAUUACGAUCUUCAUGUCCGCGAAUACCUACCUGAUAGACUCAUAUCUCCUGCACGUUGCCUCUGUGACUGCCGCAAGCGCAGCCAUGCGUUCGCUUGUAGGCGCGGUUCUUCCACUGGCCGGUCUAUCGAUGUAUCGAGCGCUCGGUCUUGGAUGGGGCAACUCUCUACUGGCGUUCAUCGCCCUGGCCAUGUGUGUCGGGCCGAUGCUGCUUACCCGGUAUGGGACUGCGAUUCGGAUUCAUCCCUAG